GCUUGUGUUUGUAUGUGUGUACACGCUGUGUAUAGUUGAUGAAAAAAAUUCACGAAAUUAGCGUUGGAAGUGACAGAAAAUAUGAGCCGUAACUUCACAACUGACCUGGCCAACUGUUGUUCUUGUUUUAUGGCGGUUGGCAACAAACCUUAAGGUACAUUACCGCCACCUAUUGUUAAAAUAAUGUAUCUCAUGGCAACAAAGUUUUAAGGUGCAUUACCGCCGCCUACUGUUAAAAUAAAUGUAUUCCACGUAUGCCUACUAACUUAUUACUCCAAAUUUUAAAAAAAACAAAGUAACAAUUUCCACAGAUAUGUGUAACUUUAUCACUACUUAGCUAGAGGUCCCAUGGCGUGUACUCAACACAAGCAGAGUUGAAAUACCUUCAAAAUAUCCGUGGAAAUAGUUACAGCAAUUUUUUUGCGUGACAGCCAGUAUCCAUAAAAACAGGAAGCCUUAUUGUCAGAAAUGAAAAAAAAAAACAGAAAUUAUCGCUAUUUUGAAGAUUUACUGGGAACUCCUCAAACUCAUCCAAUCGGGAUGUAUCAGAAGGUCAAAAGUUUUCUUUUUUCGGUGGUCUUUAUUUUGAUGAGUUCUUAUCUGAAUAUAAUCACAUCUGUAGUCUCUGCCAGGGUUUUUGGAGCAAUGCGUAAAAGUGUAUAUUUUAUUUGAAAUGUGUGCGAGUGGAAAUUCAGCAUUUGUCUUGCUUUCUGUGUGUCAGACAGCCCAGUAGGUAAAAACCUGCUCGAUUGGUAGUAAAAUAAAAAAAAAUCUACAUAAAAUGCUCUGGUUGAAAAGGAUUAUUAUUACAGUUCCAUAUUUGUGGUCUCUUACUGGAAUAAAUAUACGGAUCUCAUUGACUGGUUGUAGGGAUGUACUGUUUGGACUUCUUUAAACCCUUUAUUAGUAACCUUAAUUAUACUAAAGGGAAAUAAAUUACAUUCAUCAAAUGUAUUAAAACCUCUCAUCACCAAAGAAGCUAUUACGACCGUAAAUAUUUUGGAUACUUUUUUUAUAUUGUGUAAGUGUAUAUAUUCUUUCUUUUGUGGAGAAAAAAGUAAACCAAAAAGGGCACGGUGGAUACUUUUUUUAAUAUUGUGUAAGUGUAUAUAUUCUUUCUUUUGUGGAGAAAAAAGUAAGCCAAAAAGGGCACGGUGGACGACUGGUUCACAGUUCUGACGAGGGGGGGGGUUCAAUCCCCGGCCCCGCCUGUGUGGAGUUUGCAUGUUCUCCCCGUGCCUGCGUGGGUUUCCUCCCACAUCCCAAAAGCAUGCAUGAAUUGGAGACUCUGCCCAUAGGUGUGAAUCUGAGUGCGAUUGGCUGGCACCCAGUUCAGGGUGUACCCCGCCUCCUGCCCGAUGACAGCCGGGAUAGGCUCCAGCACGCCCGCGACCCUCGUGAGGAGAAGCGGCUCAGAAAAUGGAUGGAUGAAUGAACCAAAAAGCUAUUACGACUGUAAAUAUUCAUCAUUUUUUUUAAUAUUGUGUAAGUGUAUAUAUUCUUACUUUAUUUGUCUAAUAAAAAUGUGUUUUCUUGGGUUAAACAGACAAUAUUGAUACAUUCAAAUUCAACACGGGCCAGCCGUUAGUUAGAAGCCGCUUCUUUGGAUCAAUAUAACGUCAGCGUCUCUUUGAUCAUGAUGACGUACCAAAGGUGCCCCGAGUCCUCAGGUGAUUGGCUGGUUUCAAGCCUGCCUAAAUAGCAAUGCUCAAGAUGACGAUGACGUAUCAAAGGUGUCCCGAGCCCUCACGCGAUUGGCUGGUUUCAAGCCAGCCGAAAUAAUAGCGUUAAUAACGGCGAUCGAGUUGACCCAAGAGCGUUCCGACCCGAGGAUGACGACCAACGUGGAGUGGGACUUCAAUUUCGUCCACGCAGACAUGACGACCAGCAGUCGCGAGCAGCAGGUCAGUGGUGCCUCGAUGGUGGUGAGCCAAAUGCCCUUUGUCGUUAUCAAUGGACAGCUGUUUUAUCAGUUGGCCCCAGCCUCCUUCUUUGUCCCUCUUCCUGCACCCCCACCACCACCACCACCACCACCCAAAACAAGGAGGGACCCCUCAAAGCGAAAGAGGAAUAAAUGCACAGAGGAACCCACCAGGCCUUAUAUCAAGAAGCCCCCAAAUGCCUUCAUGCUCUUCAUGAAGGAGCAGCGGCCUGUCGUCAAAGCCAAAAUAGUUAAUAAAGACAGCGCGACGUUGAACAAGGUCCUGGGGAAGCUGUGGAAGUCGUUGGCGCUGAAAGAGCAGCUUAAAUACUUCCGGGAAUCGGAGCGGCUCAGCCAGAUCCACGCCAGCAUGUACCCGGACUGGACCUGCAGAGACAACUACGGCAAAAAGAAAAAAAGAAUGUGGGGCAGUGCAGCCACCAGGUUAAAUGGUCCGACCAUGUCUGCACCCGAGCUGCCCCACGCGCCGUCCGCAUGCGCCGGCAUCCUGCAUGAGGGGCACGAGACGGACCUGACCUCUCAGCUGUUGAAGGAGCCGGAAGCACAAUCAUCCUCGUCGUCCUUCCGCUCCACCGACACGGCGGCGAGCGCAAGUGCCACGUAUGCACCGAUGUCCACAUACAGCCCCCCCCCCUCACCUUUGGGGUUGACCAUCGAUCUGGACACAUAGGCAUUACAGACAUUUAAUGCGUCUGCUUUUUGUUUUCAUUUCCUUAUUUACCAACAAACAAGCUUUGAUUCAGUCCCCCCGCCAGCAUUUUGCCUCCCGAGCAUCUUCCACAGAAAUCAUAUAAGUACAUCUAUUUUCCUUUGCAAGAUAAUGUGAAAAUAGGUGCUUCCUCUUUGAAGUUAUUGGGACUUCAAUCUGGUUUAUGUGCAACCUCCAGUGGGUACGGAAACCCCCAGACCCCCUUCAAUUUUUCACUUUUCUAUAUUGCAGCCAUUUGCUAAAAUCAUGUAAGUUCAUUUUUUCCCACAUGAAUGUACACACAGCACCCCAUAUUGAUAGACAAAAAAAAAUACGGAAUAGUUGAAAUUUUUGCAGAUUUAUUAAAAAAGAAAAACUGAAGUAUCACACAGACAUAAGUAUUCAGACCCUUUGCUCAGUAUUUAGUAGACGCACCCUUUUGAGCUGAUGAUGCAACAAGUUUUUCACACGUGAUUUGGGGAUCAGCCAUUCCUCCUUGCAGAUCCUCUCCAGUUCUGUCAGGUUGGAUGGUGAACAUUGGUGGGCAGCCAUUUUCAGGUCUUUCCAGAGAUGCUCAAUUGGGUUUAAAUCAGGGCUCUGGCUGUGCCAUUCAAAAAACAGUCACGGAGUUGUUCUCUGUGUGCUUAGGGUCAUUGUCUUUUUUUAAGGUGAACCUUUGGCCCAGUCUGAGGUUCUGAGCACUCUGGAGAAGGUUUUCGUCCAUGAUAUCCCUGUACUCGGCCGGAUUGAUCUUUUCUUCAUUUGCAACCAGUCUCCCUGUCCCUGCAACUGAAAAACACCCCCACAGCAUGAUGCUGCCACCACCACGCUUCACUGUUGGGACUGUAUUGGACAGGUGAUGAGCAGUGCCUGGUGUUCUCCACACAUACCGCUUAGAAUUAAGGCCAAAAAGUUCUAUCUUGGUCUUGUCAGACCAGAGAAUCCCAUUUCUCACCAUCUUGGAGUCCUUCAGGUGUUUUUUUUAGCAAAUUCCAUGCGGGAUUUCAUGUGUCUUGCACGGAGUAGAGGCUUCCGUCGGGCCACUCUGCCAUAAAGCCCCGACUAGUUGAGGGCUGCAGUGAUGCUAGACUUUCUAGAACUUUCUCCCAUCUCCUGACUGCAUCUCUGGAGCUCAGGCACAGUGAUCUUUGGGUUCUUCUUUAACUCUCUCACCAAGGCUCAGUUUGGCCGGACGGCUAGCUCGUGGAAGGGUUCUGAUCGUCCCAAACAUCUUCCAUUUCAGAAUUAUGGAGGCCACUGUGCUCUUCGGAACCUUAAGUGCAGCAGAAAUAUUUUUGUAACCUUGGCCAGAUCUGUGCCUUGCCACAAUUCUGUCUCUGAGCUCUUCAGGCAGUUCCUUUGACCUCAUGAUUCUCAUUUGCUCUUGACAUGCACUGUGAGCUCUAAGGUCUUAUACAGACUGGGGUGUGGCUUUCCUAAUCAAGUCCAAUCAGUAUAAUCAAACACAGCUGGACUCCAAUGAAGGUGUAGAACCAUCUCAAGGAUGAUCAGAAGAGAUGGACAGCACCCGAGUUCAAUAUAUGAGUGUCAUAGCAAAGGGUCUGAAUAAAUGUUCUUUUAUUUAUAUAUAUACACAUUUUUUAUUUUAUUUUACCAAUGCCCCUUUUAAACUGAAUUGAGAAAUAGUUGAACAUUUUUUUUUACUGGCCUCUGAUUUCAAAAGUAGUUUUGUAUUAAUUUGAUGUGUAUAUUGUAUGUAAUAACAUGAGACAAUCAUACAUUUAUAUGGGUUCACAGUCAGAAUGGCCCACUGAGGAAAACUAACUAUGAUGUGGCCCGUGACAAAAAUGACUUUGACACCCCUGUAUCUAAAAGGUUGGCGAGCUCUAAAUUAAAGCAUGAAAAUGUGAGCUGAAACUUUUCAUUUCUGUACGUUCUAUUUCAUGGGGAUUACUGUAUAUUUCAUACAUGGUAUUUUAUUUGUAAUAUAUAUCUUUUUUUUAAACUAAAAUUUUUUGGGUGUGGUGUUUUUUUUUUCCGUGGCUGGAACGGAUUAACAGCAUUUCC